AUGAAUGAUCUUGUGUUGACAAGAGCAGACAAAACUAAACAUUUGGUUAUCAUGAGAAGGCAUACUUAUAACAAGGAGUUGCAUAAUUACAUCAAAAAGACGGAAUGUGAAAUUGUUGGCGACAAUGUAGUUGGAUCUUUGGACAGAAGGGUCAGGAAGCUGGAACGCUCGGGACUUUCUGCUGUUUUACCUUUUCUCAAGAAAUGCCGGAACCCGAGGCCCGGAACUCCAAGAUUGUUUGCUUUCGCUAAGACCCACAAGACCGGAAUGGAGUUAAGGCCAGUUGUAGAGAAAUGCAGAGGACCCACCUUUAUAUUAGAAAAAAGGCUGCACGGGUAUUUAUCCUCGCACCUUGAUGAUGAUAAUCUAGUGGCACAGGAUCCUCUUAUUGUUGUCAAGGAGAUACAAGAUAUAUCUUUAAUGGAGGAUGAGGUAGCGACCGUCUUAGAUUAUGAAAGCAUGUAUCCUUCAGUAAUGAUUGAGUCUUGUGUGGAUGCGUUAUUGGAUUUCUUGUACAUAAAGAACUCCCAGUUGCUUCUUUACACGCAAGAGCUAGAAGAACUGGCUAACCUGGUGUGCUGUGAGUCGUGCUUCAUCUUUUGUGGUCAGAUCUACAGACAAAAAAGAGGGGUUCCGAUGGGGAGUCCCCUCUCAGGAAUCCUUUGCGAAUUAGUUGUCAGAAGACUAGAAAGAAGGGUUCUUCAUGGGUUCAAAGAUGAUAUCGUAUAUUUCAGCAGGUAUGUGGAUGACAUUCUGAUCUUAUGGAAGAAUAAUAGGAGGGUGCAUGAAUUUAUGAGUAGAAUUAAUGAUAACAAUGAUGGGCUUAGAUUGAGAUUAGAACAAAAGAGUUCCAUGAAUGUGCACUUCUUGGACAUUAAUAUCCGGUUUAUGAAAGGGCAUUUGUCCACAAGUGUUUAUAUUAAACCUACACACACACCAUUAUAUAUACCAUCCCAGUCUAUGGAUCCGUAUCAGUAUAAGAUGGCAGCCUUCCGAGCGUUAAUAAGGAGAGCUUAUUUAUAUUGUGACCAAAUCGCUGACAGAGAGAAGGAGAUUGAUAGAGUAUUGCAGGUGGCCCGGACCCUGGGUUACAGAAAAAGUGUAAUUGUCGGAAUGCUUAAGAAGUAUGAAAGGGGCAUAGUAAAAAGAACUUUAAGAAAUGUUCCUACUAGGCUCACGAAAUUUACUUAUAAUAGUAGUAUGAAUAGUGUUAUGAAGGAAAUUGCUAGACGAAAGGAAUCAAGAAUGGUAUUAAGAAGAGCCCCUAAUUUGUAUAAGAUCUUGAGAAACGAUAAGGAUAAUAUCAGAGCGGAGGAGAGAGCAGGGGUGUAUAAGAUUCCUUAUGAAAACUUACAACUGGACGUUAAAAAAGAUUAUAUCGGCGUCACCACCAGAAGCUUGGGAGUAAGGCUCAAGGAACAUAGAUAUGCCAUAAGAAAAGCGUCUAAUUCAACGGUUUUGUCACAAAUGGCGCAAGCACAAGGAUCUGAGGUGAAAUGGGACGAGGCAACAAUCAUCAAACCUCUGUCUUCCCCAACUCUAGCAAUGACGGCAGAAAAAAUAGAAAUAUACAGAAGUAAGAUAAGAGAAGGCUGUUUAAAUGCGAGGGAUUCCGAGAGCCUGCCUUCGGCAUGGAAAUAUUUGGUUAAGAAAUAUACUACAAGCUCCGACCAGAAUUAA